AUGUACAUUUAUUGGUUGUUUUUAUUUUAUAAAAAUGAAGUCGAGAAACUUGUGGAUACUCUCGAGGUGGAUACUCUUAAGGUGGAUACUCUUGAGGUGGAUACUCUUGAGGUGGAUAUUCUUGAGGUGGAUACUCUUGAGGUGGAUACUCUUAAGGUGGACACUCUUGAGAUGGAUACUCUUGAGGUGGAUACUCUUGAGGUGGAUUCUCUUGAGGUGGAUACUCUUGAGGUGGAUACUCUUGAGGUGGAUACUCUUGAGGUGGAUACUCUUGAGGUGGAUACUCUUAAGGUGGAUACUCUUAAGGUGGAUACUCUUAAGGUGGAUACUCUUGAGGUGGAUACUCUUGAGGUGGAUAUUCUUGAGGUGGAUACUCUUAAGGUGGACACUCUUGAGAUGGAUACUCUUGAGGUGGAUACUCUUAAGGUGGACACUCUUGAGGUGGAUACUCUUGAGGUGGAUACUCUUGAGGUGGAUACUCUUGAGGUGGAUACUCUUGAGGUGGAUAUUCUUGAGGUGGAUACUCUUAAGGUGGACACUCUUGAGAUGGAUACUCUUGAGGUGGACACUCUUAAGGUGGACACUCUUGAGAUGGAUACUCUUGAGGUGGACACUCUUAAGGUGGAUACUCUUGAGGUGGAUACUCUUGAGGUGGAUACUCUUGAGGUGGAUACUCUUGAGGUGGAUACUCUUGAGGUGGAUACUCUUGAGGUGCAUACUCUUGAGGUGGAUACUCUUGAGGUGGAUACUCCUGAGUUGGAUACUCUUGAGGUGGAUACUCUUGAGGUGGAUACUCUUAAACCGCAUUCGCAAAAUAUUUUUACGUGGUAG